CUCUCAGAGUAAAGCACAUUCUCCAAGUGUUUCUCUCCUCUCUGUUCCUAACUCUCAUUUGUCCUAACGAGUUGAGAUGGGAUUAAGGAUAUCAGAAUCAGCUAAACCAUACUUUGCAAUGAUUUGUCUUCAGUUUGGAUACGCCGGUAUGAACCUGGUCACUAAAACCGUCCUUGACCGUGGUAUGAGCCAUUACGUUCUUGUUGCAUACCGCAACGCUUUUGCCACAGCCGCGAUCGCACCUUUCGCAUUUCUCUCCGAAAGGAAAGUGAGGUCAAAGAUGACGUUUUCAAUAUUCAUGCACAUAUUUGUUCUUGCUCUUCUUGGGCCUGUGAUUGAUCAGAACCUAUACUACAUCGGUCUGAAACUCACAUCUCCAACGUUUUCCACGGCCGUCAGCAACAUCGUGCCCGCUAUUACCUUUAUCCUCGCCACUCUUUUCAGGAUGGAGAAAGUGGACAUGAGAAAAGUAAGAUGCCAAGUCAAAGUGGUGGGGACAUUAGUGACAGUGGUUGGAUCAAUACUGAUGAUAUUACAUAAAGGCCCGUUCAUCAGCUCCUUCCGAUCUCAACUCACCACCGCCUCUUCGCCGCUGGCCGGUGAUUAUCUUAAAGCCACCAUCUUCCUCCUCAUCGCCUCCCUCUCAUGGGCGUCGUUCUUCAUUCUUCAGGCAUCGACUUUGAAGAAAUACUCAGCCCAUCUCUCGUUAUCAACCAUGGUCUGUUUCAUGGGAACGUUGCAGUCCUUAGCCCUAACCUUCGUAAUGGAGCAUAAUAGUUCGGCUUUGAACAUCGGUUUUGACAUGAAUCUUCUCGCUUCUGCAUACGCGGGAAUAAUGUCGUCGAGCAUAGCUUACUACAUUCAAGGACUUAUGAUGCAGCGAAAGGGGCCUGUCUUCGUCACUGCUUUUAACCCUCUUGUCGUUGUCAUUGUCUCCAUAAUGAGCUUCUUUGUUCUCGGCCAAGGAACCUAUCUUGGAGGGGGUAUUGGAGUGGUUGUUUUGACGGUGGGAGUCUACACCGUGUUAUGGGCAAAGCACGUAGACGAUGACGGUGAAGCAAUAUGCCGUGAAGAUAACACAACUUUAGAAGCCGUUAAGUGUUGUAGUGGCAAUAAUGGUCUCUCCAUAAUGCCGAAAAUCGACGAAGCUCAUGAGGAUAUUGAAACCGGGAAAAUCAAGGCGGAAGAGAAGGAAUCAUCGGCAGUGGUUCUGGUUAUUGGUUGUGGUUUUUGGUUGUGAAAAUGUGGAUAACGUUUCACGGUGCUAUGUAGAUGACCCUUUUUUGUUUGAGGCAAAGUUGGGAGAAGAGUGGCAUCUUUUUGAUACUUGUUUUAAUUCCUUCCUCCGCUUCAAAAGUUUUAUUAUGGUUUCUAAACCAAGGAUUCCAUGUACCGUCCAUUUUGAUCUUUAACUAGCUAUGAGCUUAUGUAAAUCACUGCAUUUGGUAUUAUAGUAUCCAACUUCUACA